GGAGGCGCGUUGCUGGUCAAAAUUCGCCAGUCGUGCCACGCGCUUGGAACGACUAACACGUCGCGCCGCCGUACACAACGAUAGAGUUCACGUGAUUUUUUACGAGUCAUGUCGUAACAUAUUUUAUGUUUAUUUAUGUUCCAUUUCCGGCCCGACCGAGGAUUGGUACGAAAUUUGUCACGAUUUUUUUUAUUUUCGAUUAUUUCAACAUGAUUGUCGUUCAGACGUCCCGUGAAAAUGAGAUGAUUAGACGAGUAAAAAAAACUCGAAUUUGAGACGAAAAUAAAAGCGAGAUAUUAAUUUCACAUUGAUCGUGCAAUAUAAACGAACACACAGGAGUGCGAUUGUUGUGCGUGUACACCGCUCAAAUUAAUCUUUGACUGGUAUGGCUAAUCAGCAGUGACCGAUCAGCGUGCGUUUGUGUGUGCAUUUGGACUUAAUCAUUUAAUCCUGUGACUAUAAGGUCUGAAAAUGCCACCCAACUACAUUAUCACUGGUGUUGUAGCACUUAUUUUGAUUUUCGCUGAUUACUUAUGUGGUUCGGUUGGAAGUGUGGAAAUCGCCAUUGCUCAUAAAUUUUGCAAAUGUUUUAACACGACUAAUGAUAACGAAUCGGUGAAAUGCCAAUGUGUUCACAGCGAACUCAAAGAAAUUCCAAAUGACCUGCCUACGCCUUUACACGAGUUGAUAAUUGGAGGUGCUUCAAUUGAAAAUUUAACAAAGGAUUCAUUCGCCAAUUACAAAACAAGUCUUAGAGACAUAGCAUUAAGAGAUUUAAGAAAUUUAGUUAACAUAGAAAAUGGCAUUUUCGAUAAUAUGCGUCAACUACGAACUAUUGUUAUUCGUAGCGCUCCGAACCUGAAGUUGAUAUCUCACUCGCUGUUCAACGUGUAUUUGCCUAGAUUGAAAGUCUUGGAAAUCGUGCGAACGGGAAUCAAGAAACCGCCGAACCUAAGUUUGUUGAGGACCAACGAACAUCUUCGCAUAGUAGACCUCGAAAGCAAUAGAAUAGAAAAAGUGAUUUCGGGACAACUAUCGAUCAGCGCAGAACAACUUCAGCUUAAUUAUAAUUGCAUUACCGAACUAGGACCAUUGGCAUUCAAAGAUGCCGAAAUCGCCACGGUUAAACUGAGAGGCAAUCGUAAACUUCAAAAACUGGACGCUCAAGCUUUCGUCGGGAUUAAAAGUCUCCGCUACCUAGACUUGUCGGAAACAUCAAUCCAGGAUCUGCCUACAGCCGGUCUCGAAGAACUAGGUGUUUUGAAAAUCGAAAAAACCUACACCAUGAACGUAUUCCCGUCCAUCUACAACUUCAAGAACAUUAAAGAAGCUUGGUUAACGUAUCCGUAUCACUGUUGUGCUUUUCAUUUUCCGAAAACACACAACCCGCAAGGAUACGCAGAUCAUGAGAAACUCCAACAAAAAAUGUUUCAUGAAUGCAAAAAUAUACCAUUUGUAGACCCGAUUUCUACUGUGAAAACAAUGCACUCGACCACGGAGAAUUUUAUUGGCGAAGAAAUGUUUCAUUCAGGCGACGUGACGGUCGGCACCAAAGUUGACGUGGUUUGCGGUAACGUGUCGAAAAACUAUCUGGAAGUCAAGUGCUACCCGGCGCCAGAUGCGUUCAACCCUUGCGAGGAUCUGAUGGGAAAUUGGACUCUCCGCGUGGCCGUGUGGAUCGUGGCCGUGGCCGCUCUGCUGGGCAACAUGGCCGUGUUGUUCGUGUUGCUCAGCAGUCGGUUCCGGUUGACGGUGCCCAAGUUCCUCAUGUGCAACUUGGCCAUGGCCGACUUUUGCAUGGGACUCUAUCUGUUGCUGAUCGCCGUUAUGGACGCCCGAUCGAUCGGCCACUACUUCAAUCACGCCAUAUUCUGGCAGAGAGGUAUUGGUUGCCAAGUCGCCGGUUUUCUGACUGUGUUUUCGUGCAUGCUGUCCGUGUUCACGCUGAUGAUCAUCACCGGCGAACGUUGGUACACCAUCACUUACGCCAUACACCUCAACCGUCGACUCAAGCUCGGCGCCUCCGUCAACAUAAUGGCAGUCGGUUGGCUGUUCUCGGUGGUCAUGGGUGCUUUGCCGCUGAUGGGUACCAGUGGUUACUCGAAGACCAGCAUUUGCCUACCCAUGGACAACUCUUCGUUCGCCGACAAGGUGUACCUGUUCUCCCUGCUGACGUUCAACGGAGUGGCGUUCGUGGUGAUAUGCGCUUGCUACGCCAAGAUGUACUCAUCGAUCAGGGGCGGCCGCGAGGCGGUGGCUUCGGUAGCCCGGUCCGACAUGACGGUGGCCAAGCGCAUGGCCCUGCUGGUGUUCACCGACUUCGCGUGUUGGGCGCCGGUGGCGUUCUUCGGACUAACCGCGCUGGCCGGUUACCCGCUCAUCGACGUGCCCAAGACCAAGAUCCUGUUGGUGUUCUUCUACCCGCUCAACUCGUGCGCCAACCCGUACCUGUACGCUCUGCUCACUCAACAGUACCGCCGCGACCUGUUCGUCCUGCUCAGCCGGUUCGGCGUGUGCAGCCGCCGCGCGGACGAGUACAAGGGAACGGGCCCGGUGCCGUGCGGCCGCCGCAAGGCCCACUGCAAUGACGCGCAACGGCACCGGGACCGCCGGGGCUACGGGGGCGGUGGCGGUGGUGGCGGGGGUGGCUUCGGUGGCGGCGACGACUGCGGUGGGGGUGGGGGCGGCGGAUACGACGACGUGGGACAGAGCGGCGGCGGGGGCAGUAACCAUCACCGGGGUUCGGUGAUGACCACCGUCACGUCCGUCGACUCGGUGGUCGCGUGCCGGCCGGGAUCGCUGACGCCGCUCCAGGAGCAGCUCAACUGCAGCGCCGAAUACGCAGCGCAUCGCACCCACUCACCGCCGCACACACCGUCGCCGGUGCAACAGCUGCAGCAGCCGUCGCUGAUGACGCCACUGCAGCAGAACUUGGAGCUGAUGCCGCUGCACCGGGCUUGACGUACGGCCGCCGCCGGAGACCGCGACUACGACUACGACGACGACUACGACGGCGAUUCCGUGUUGGUCGUUUCGAUGCAACUGCGACCGAGGUCGCGAGACGGAUGCAGCGAGUGACCGUGUGCGACGUUUUGACGCUCGAAGAUGCACCGUCGAUCCGAGCGAAAUCCAUGACCGCCGCCCAUUUUCGACUAUAAUUAACUCGUUGUUACUAUUUUGACGAGCGCGCCAGAUUUUUUGAGAGUUUCGCCGCCGUGUCUUGCCGAUGAGAUGAUCAAUUAUUAUUGUGAAACUGCUCGUCCGUUUUCUGUAAAAACAAUUCCAUUUUCCAUUUUACGACCCUGCCGCGUGAAAGGAUAUAAGAUAGGUGAGUUUAGGUAAGUGUACGCUGUUUAUAUAUAUAUAUAUAUAUCGUACAAUGCUGGGUGAGUUGACUAUUUGUUUCAACUCGUUAAGUUAAUAUCAUAUUAUAUACAAGUAUUAUGCAGGUAAAACAUGUAAGUUAAGUUAAAGAUGCUUUGCUUUCUUUUUGACUUGAACAUUUUACGACUUGAACAGAAAAAUAAUAACUCGCACGUAACUCGGUUAAAAAUCAUUAGACAACUACUUUUUUUAAAAUUGGAUAUUUCAAAUACAUGCCAAAUCACAAUAUUAGUAAAGUUCGUUAAAGCACACAAAAACAAAAAUAUAUUAUAAAAAUAAUACGUCACGUAAGAGUAAUUAACAGUGAAAGAACAGAAACGGAGACCAUCCGAUGAAUGAUGAUAGACGCUAUACUUAUAGACAAGGCAGUAAAUAUCAUGGGAUAAAUUUUAACUCGUUAAGUUAGAUUUUAUAUAGUCUCAAAAAAAAAAAUUUAACUUUUUAUAGGAUUUAGACGAAAGUAAUUAUUAACUCGUCGAUUUGUUAAUGCCCAGCCUUGUAUGCAUAUAUAUACAACGUGCACUGUACAGUAGGUAAGUGCAUAUAGAAUGCGACAUUUCGGCACAUGUUAUUGCGAUUAAUAUUAUAUAGAGAGUAAAUUAUGUUUUCAACACACGGCACAUGUCGUGAAAAGUCGAUUAGUCGACAAAUGAAUAAUAUGAAAUAUUGUAUUCGUAUAGUAAAAAGUGUUAAACCAUUAUUUAGUUGUAUCUAUGUAAUUUGCACAUAUUAUAAUAUGACACAGUAUAUUAUAAAUGUUUUGAAAAAUCUCAAAAACUCAUGUUUUGUAUAGAAUAUUUUAAUGACGACUUUAAAGUCAUUAAGUAUCUCAUAUAGAUAUAUAAUAUAAUUAUCAAGUGUAUAAUAUUCAUGUUCCGCGUUUUACUUUUGUACGAAUGAACGAUAUUCAUGUGUGUAUGACUGUUUUACUCGUUAGAAAGAGAAUUUAAUAAAUGUUUGACUACCUAUAGAUGUUGUAUUAUACUAUAUAUAUAUAUAUAAAGAUUUACUAUACAUUAUUUAGUGUUGAUGAACUUGUAUUGCUGCUCUAAGUGUGUGUGUUGUUUAGUUUAAUUUUUUAAUGUUUCGAAGACAAUUUAUGAAAUAAAUAACAUUAUAAACCUA